AUGGCGACCGAUACACAAAAGCUCUUGCAAGAAAACCCUAGCAAAACCCUAGGUGCAAAUCCCCUUGCCGACAGCAACGCCUCGCUCAAGAAUCGUUUCCAAGACUACGCUCCCAACACAACUACUCCGUUGUCAUCUAUCGAUAAUCCUGUUUCAUAUGUUCCUUCCAAAGAACUUGAUGAAUCGAUGGUAGGAGGUUCAACCAGUGUUGCAGCUCUGGUGGCCUCAUCCCCGACAAAUACCGCUACUAUUUUGGAUAUCCAGAAAAAGAUUCACCAAGCUGGAUGGAGCAUUGUUGCAGAUCACUUAGCCUCAUUACUAGUUUCUGAUGGUAGGGCUAUUGAUGAUGAUUUCCCAGAUAAGGAUGUUGCUAUUGUGACUAGUCUGUCAGGUUGGCGUAUGUACUUUGAUAGUACGGCCAACCAUUCUAGAUACGGGAUAGGUGUUUUGUUGAUAUCCCCUCAUGGUGACCACAUUCCUAGAUCUGUUUGUUUGGCAUUCUCUAAUCGACACCCUGCCACAAACAAUAUUGUUGAGUAUGAGGCUUGCAUAUUGGAAUUAGAGACAGCUUUUGAGCUCAGGAUUAGACAGAUUGAGGUGUUUGGUGACUCCAAUCUGGUUUUGAGACAAAUUCAGGAUGAGUGGAAGACUAGAGAUGUGAAGCUUAGGCCUUACCACACAUACUUGGAGCUACUAGUUAGGAGAUUUAAUGAUUUAAGGUAUACACAUCCACGUAAAGCGCAGAACCAUUUCGCUAAUGCCUUAGCUACUCUAGCUUCCAUGAUUGAUAUUCCUACGGAUACUAUUGUUCCCUCUUUACUGAUUGAGUCGAGAUCGGUUCCUGCUUACUGUUGUCUGAUUGAUGAGACAGAGUUAGAUAAUGGUUUGCCUUGGUAUCAUGACAUAUACCAGUUUUUGAGACUUGGUGCAUAUCUUAAGGCCACCACAGCCAAUGAUAAGAGGGCAUUGAGAUAG